AUGCAUUACCUUCUACUCCUAUCAAUAAUCAUCGCGAUCGCAGCCCCACUGGCGGGGGCCGUCCCAUCCCAAGCCGUGGGACAAAGCGCGAAACAAGUAUACCAAACAACAGACAAGUUCCCACUCGCAAACCCAGGCAACAUCCCAGCCCACGACCCGAACAUUAUCCUCCAUAACGAGCAGUACUACCUCUUCAAAGGCGGGGUCAACAUCCCAAUCUUCAAGGCAGCCAACAUAUCCGGGCCAUGGGAAAAGCUCGGCACAGUUCUUGCCGGCGACAGCAUAAUCCCGAAAAACAACCGGACGCGACCAUGGGCGCCAACAACAAUCGAAAAAGACGGCACGUUCUACUGCUACUACACAGUGAGCGCGAAAGGGUCCCGCGACAGCGCGAUUGGGGUCGCAACGACAAGAUCCCUCGACGGCAGUCCCUGGACCGACCACGGUGUCGUUAUUAACACGGGCACCGGCGCUGGGUCUGGGGUGUGGCCGUAUACGAUCACGAAUGCCAUCGAUGGGGCUAUCAUUGUCGACCGGGAUUCUGGACAGGCGUAUCUCAACUACGGCAGCUUCUGGCAUGAUAUAUGGCAGGUGCCGCUGGCGGAUGAUUUGCUUUCUGUUAAGGAUGCUGAGGCGCCAGAUGCGGUGCAGUUGACGUUCAUCCCGCGUGCGAAGUCUAAGCCUGAGGAGGGUGUUUGGAUGAGUUUUCGAGAUGGGUUUUAUUAUGCUUGGUUUAGUCAUGGGAAGUGUUGUAACUUCAAGAAUGGGUUCCCUGCGCGUGGGAAGGAGUAUAGUAUUCGUGUUGGGAGGUCGAAGAGUGUGCGUGGUCCUUUUGAGGACAAGAAGGGGAAAUCGUUGCUUGAUGGCGGUGGCACGGUGGUUUAUGGUUCUAAUCAUGGGGUUGUGUAUGCACCUGGUGGUCUGGGUGUCUUGGCUGGGAAUAAUGAUUCCAUGCCGGAUAUUCUCUACUAUCAUUAUUUGAAUACGUCGAGUGGGUUUAAGCAUGGGCAAGCUCAACUCGGCUGGAACUAUCUGAAAUAUGAGGAUGGUUGGCCGGUGCCUGUUCAAGGCCGAAAUGCCACCAAUAACGCCUUCGGUCGUGGACCUCCUGGCUGGGGUUAUUUAGCAAUCCUUCUCCUUUUAUGGCUGUGCAUAUGGCCAUAG